CGGAACUGUAGUUGUUUUUACUGGUUUCCGGAGGAUGUUUAUCAGUGAGGCACUGAGCACAAGGACUUGAAGUUAUGAAGCGGACAAUGCGCGCCGUGACAGUAGCGGUGUUACGGGCAAGGAGCACAUCUGUGUCCGUUCCUGUUAUUGCAGCCAGACAUCCAUACAAAGUGGAGGUGAAGGCAGGAAAGGUCUACCCAUGGUGCUCCUGUGGACACAGCAAGAAACAACCUUUCUGUGAUGGAUCCCACCGGACAUCUGCUUCUGGUCUCUCCCCACUGCGUUUCACACCCACCAAGGAUGAAGCUGUAUGGCUCUGUGGUUGCAAACAAACCAAAACGCCACCCUACUGUGAUGGCACCCACAAAGGGAGCCACGUGCAGAACGCAGUGCUGAAUCCACAGCCUGACUGAAAAGCAUUGCAGGGUAACUGUUCACUGUCAAAGGGGCUUCAGAAUAGAAAUGUGCAACAAAACGGCAUUUCUGCCAAUUACAAACUGUUUUACUACAUGUUGAUUAAAUGAUUAAUUACCUUCUCUCUUGUAAUCAAUCUCAUUAGUAUAAUUGUGUGGCUAAACUUUAAUGUUCGCUUAGAUUCUUUUAAUCUCUGUGAAACUUGUGUGAUGGAGAUAUGUAGCAUAUUGUAGGAGACAGCACUUAGUCAGUGGGUACAGAGAGGACCCACUGAUCACAAGUGUUUCUCUUUAAAUGAAUGGUUCUUAAGGCCUGUAACGGAGCGCAAGACUACAAAAUCCAGCUCCCUUUUGGAAGACAGAUGUAAAUGCAAGCUCUGCUGACUACUGACAAUAUAGACAACAUUCAUUAGGACAUCUCUCAAGCUUCACCAGAUCCUGACAUUUUGUGCAACUAAUUUACUCACUAAUCUCCAUUCUUUAUUGAAUCGGCUGCAUAGAAUAACAAGAGAGAUGAAGCUAGAGAGACUUUUUUUUGCCCACUGUCUGCAGAAUCAGACUCUGAGAAAGGAAGCUAAGAUGGUUUAUAUUUACCUGUAGAAUUGUCUAUAAGUUAGACUAUUAAUUCCAUUGUAACAGUUGAUGUUUAAUGUUUAUUUAUUACAAACUGUAUGUGUAUUAUAAUAUACGCACAAACUCAUUAAAAUGUGUUGGAUGCAGGCUUGAUUCCUGAAGAAUAACAGAAAUCUUCUCACAAGUGAAGAUGUUUUAAGUGCCAUACUGUUGCCUGAAACAAUUUUUGUUUUGUAUAAACUGCCAAAGAAAGCUGUGUUCUGCCACUUUCCAUUCCUCAGUUUUGCAUAACCAACACAGUUAUAUUAAUCAUUAGUUAUUCACAUCCAGACUGUGAGAAAAGAGGUGGACUGCAGAGGCUUAGAAAUCAGCCUAUGAGCCUACCUAGGUUUAACUUUUAACAAAAAAUACCACAGGAAAAAAAAAUAGUUGAUGAUAAAAGUAAAUUAGAAGGUUGUUUAAAAUGACAUGCCCUAUCUGAAUCAUGGAAGUUUCAUUAGGACUUUACUGUCCCUUUAACAGUUUUGCUAAAACAUGUAUGCAUUGCUUUGAAUAUUAUCAGUGACUGUGUACCACUUACACUCUAGGUCAGAACUAAAUUUCUCAUGAUGCUCAACUGGACUUCAGAGUGCUUAAAGGGACACUAUACCCAAACAUUUUCUUUCAUGAUUAAGGUAGAGAAUACAAUUUUAAACAACAUUCCAAUGUACUUCUAUUACCUAAUUUCAUUCUUUAGAUAUACUUUAAUGAAGAAAUAGCAAUGCGCACGGUUAACCAAUCACAGGAGGCAUUUAUGUGCAGCUACCAAUCAGCAGCUACUAAGCAUAUCUAGAUAUGCUUUUCAGCAAAUAAUAUCAAGAGAAUGAAGCAAAAUAGAUAAUAGAAGUAAAUUAGAAAUUUGUUUAUAAUUGUAUGCUCUUUCUAAAUCAUGAAAGAAAAAAAUUGGGUUUCAUGUCCCUUUAAGCAUCAUGGGUAAUGUAGUUCUGUAUUAUUAGGAGUGCCAAGGUUCCCCAUCCUUGCUCUAGGUAGGCAGACUGCUAGAAAUUAUCACUUCGAACUUCGUUGUUUGUGAAUUUCCCUUUGGGUGGGGGUGUUUGAGAGUUUUUUGAUAUUUUUGUUUUAAAAGUCAUAUCAAGGUAUUUUUUCCCCCAGUUAAUUUAGAUCUGAGCUAGGCAGAACACAUUACUUUUCCUGUCAUUUGGAGUCUCUGAAGCAUUGAAAGCUUAUCCAGCAGUGGAUGGUGUAAUUUACCUGCUAUGAGUAAAAGUGUAUCUUUAUUGGGACAUCUCCAAACACAGAACACAACGUUUCGGUCAGAUGACCUUAAUCAUGUGAAUCACAUGAUUAAGGUCAUCUGACCGAAACGUCGUGUUCUGUGCUGUGUUUGGAGAUGUCCCAAUAAAGAUACACUUUUACUCAUCUUUGGUUGGUGCUGUUCUUUUUGUGAAAUUGGACAUUAUUGGAGGUCAUUGGCAGGACCUGGGUACGUGCACCUCCCUGCAGAUUGAUGCUGUUUUCAUUCUUCCAUAUAUUUGUAAUUUACCUGCUAGCCUAUCACCAUUACAUUGCAUUAUGGGAUAUCAGUGAGGGAACCAGCAUAUGAGGGCAGAAACCACUCUAAAAGUGUUGUGCUUUGAUGAAAGCUUCUCACUGCACGCUGAGGUCCUCUCUCAGCAGGGCCAUCAUUAUAUGUCGGAAAUAAAAUUGUUACAUCAAAAUAUGUUAAAUGUAUUUCAUUGUGAUUCUUCUGUAUUUACUAUUUUAUAUUAUUAAAAUACGUAAAAAUUACUCAUUAAGAAA